AUGACGGUCACAUACGACUCUCCCCCUUCAAAGGGAACCAACACAUCAGUCGCGACUUUAGAAGAUCGAUUUCAAGUCAUCAAGGAAGUUGGCGAUGGAAGCUUUGGAAGUGUCGCAGUUGCGCGCGUACGAACCGCCGGGUCCCAUAUUGCGCGGCGAGGCACCAUGGUCGCUAUCAAAACAAUGAAGAAGACUUUCGACUCAUUGACACCGUGUCUGGAGUUGCGUGAAGUUAUCUUCUUGCGCACCUUGCCAUUACAUCCUCAUCUCGUACCCGCUCUCGACAUUUUCCUCGACCCUCUUUCCCGCAAACUGCACAUUUGUAUGGAGUACAUGGACGGCAACCUGUACCAAUUGAUGAAGGCCCGUGACCAUAAGUAUUUCGAGGGCAAGCAUGUCAAGAGCAUCUUAUACCAAAUCUUGUCUGGGUUGGACCACAUUCACGCCCACCACUUCUUUCACCGCGAUAUUAAACCCGAAAACAUCCUUGUCUCUACUUCCGCUCCCAAUGACUCUACCUUCAGCCGCUACUCAAACCUCGUCACUCCUCCCUCAACCCCUCCAACAUACACCGUGAAAAUUGCAGACUUUGGUCUCGCCCGUGAAACACACUCCAAGCAACCAUACACAACCUAUGUAUCUACUCGUUGGUACCGGGCACCAGAGGUACUUCUCCGCGCUGGGGAGUACUCUGCCCCCGUUGAUAUGUGGGCAAUUGGCGCCAUGGCUGUGGAAAUUGCCACCCUGAAGCCCCUCUUCCCCGGUGGAAAUGAGGUGGAUCAGGUUUGGCGCGUGUGUGAAAUUAUGGGUAGCCCUGGAAACUGGUACAGCAAAGCUGGUGCGAAGAUUGGCGGUGGUGAAUGGCGAGAAGGAUCGCGCUUGGCGCACAAGCUGGGAUUCACUUUCCCUAAAAUGGCGCCCCAUGCGAUGGACACUGUUCUCCAACAGCCUCAGUGGCCGGCCGCUCUGGCUGAAUUCGUUACCUGGUGUUUAAUGUGGGAUCCUAAGAACCGCCCUACUUCAACACAAGCAUUGAACCACGAGUACUUUGCCGACGCUACGGAUCCCCUGCGACCCAAGUCCUCGACUUCGUCAAGACUACUUGGUCGCAAGCAAUCGGAGCGUAGCUUCAAGUCCCCAACACUCUCCCCUUGUGAUUCGCCUACUCUCUCCACCAAGCCCUCAUGGUUCCGCAGAUCUUUAAUCGGCCGCUCUGAAAGUCCCAUCCCUGGCGAGAUUGAGAGCCCUGUUAGACAACCAGCUGUUUCCUACACCAGUGUACCCGAAAUCCAGCCCGUGAAGCCUCGUCCUGCAAACAGCAAGCGGGCUACAUGGGCCAAUGGCGCCCCGAUGCCUAUUCUCCCCUCUAUCCGUCCCGUUUCUCCUUUAUCAGCCUCUGUCACUGCCCAAGCCAACGCGACCGUCGCGCAUAACGAGGCACAAAAGCCUACCGAAAGCGAGGCGAGCAAGGCCAGCAAGAAGAUUGGUCGCCAAUUAUCAGUCAACUCCAAUGGUAACCAUUACUCUGACGCCCACCGCCUGGAAGCCGAGAGAGUGCUGAAUGGUUCCGGCAACACUACGCCCACUACCAAAGAAAGCUUCUUCUCGCACCUGCGUAAGCGUGCUCGCAGAUUGUCCGGACGGAACCAGGCAGCAGCUCCUGACGAUAUCGAGGCCAACGCUGGUUGUAUCCCAUGGUCCAACCGGUCUUCUGUGGCUCUUGAUGGAACCGGUCUCUCGGAGUCUAAGUCUUCAGACCUGAGUGAACUUGACAAGGCCCUUCAAAGCGUGAAGUACUCAUUGGACUCUUCCACCCUCGGUAACGUGCCUGUGCAAUUGAGCUCAGAAAAUCACAUCACAAAACGCCAGUCCAUGCCUCAAGCUACUAGUUCCAACCCUAGUCCAAUCUCCAGCAGGACUCGCCGUGCAUUGCAGAUGACAAGUCACCCAGUUCAUCGCUACGAGACACCAGAGGAGGAAGAUGAGCUUCUGGAUGAGGUUUUGCACUCUGCCAGCAAAGCUGCUAAGCGUCUAGCCCAGACUCAGUCUAUGGCUGCUCAAUCUCGGGCUCUACCAAGCCCCUACCCGACCCCAUCGCCCACUGCAGCUCACCGUGAGAGCUACUUUGAUACACCCAUCAACCAGAACGUAUCCAAGAUUGAUCCUGUGAACUCAAAUCGUCAAUGGCCAACCCCCCCUUACGAGGAAUCAGAGUGGAACAGCAAGACAUCUUCUCAGUAUCUGACCUCUGGACCCAACUACAUCUAA